UUGGCACCUCUUGUUGUGAGCUUGGAAUCCCAAGUCCUUAUUAUUAAGGAUCCAACCAACCUCUCUAACCAUCCCAAGCUACGAAGCCAUGCCUCGCAUCAAGUAUGCUUCAGAUUCCGAUGAGCAGCAACCAACAUUCACCACCUCUAGAAGCCGUCUUGGCCACCACAGUUCUCUCCAUGAACUCUUAGGUGGAGGAAGAGUUGCGGACAUCUUGCUAUGGCGGAACAAACAUUUAUCGGCGGCAAUUUUGGCUGGGGCCACGUUGAUAUGGUCUCUUUUUGCGGUGGCCGAAUACCAUUUCGCCACCCUUCUGUGCCACAUCUCCAUGAUGGCCAUGCUUGUGGUCUUCAUCCGGUCUAAUAUGCCGUAUCUGUUCGAUCGGUCUCCUUUCAAGAUCCCUCAAGUAAUUUUGUCGCAACGUGACAUCAAGGAAGUUGCACUAGCCUUCCAGGGCAGACUCAAUCACUUCAUUUCCAUCUUCCAUGACAUUGCUCGCGGAAAAGACCUCAAGCAAUUCCUAUUGGCCAUGGCUUCCCUUUGGAUAUUGUCAGUGGUAGGAAGUUAUUGCAGCUUCAUCAGCCUCUUGUAUCUCUGCUUUCUGUGCAUUCAUAUCCUGGCAGCUUUAUAUGAGAGAAACGAGUACGAAGUCAAUCGUCUAGCUACCAAGGGAAGCCAAGACCUCAGGAAACUCUACAUGACGCUGGAUUCCAAGGUUCUCGGGAAGAUUCCAAGGGGCCCAGUCAAGGAGAAGAAAUUCAAAUAAAAUUAUUUUCGCUUCUUGUUGGGAAGGCAACACUUGGCUCGGGCAUAAAGUAACAUGAUGCUACCUUGUCGAAGAUCUUAUGCAUGUAAACGGGCUCCAUAUCAAUUAAUGACUGUAUUCAUAUUAAAACCAAAGAGUUUUAUCUAGUUGUUCAUCUUGAAAACUCUAUUGAAAACAGAAGGUAACCAUCCGUGUUUAGGUCUAGGCAACCUUAAUUCCCAGAUGAUAUGCAAGGGAAAAUAUACUAAAGUAAAUGUCAAAGUUUGUAAUAUGUCAACCAUUGACUCUGCAAAGACAGCUUAUUGCACUUAAUAAUGGUGUCA